UCCAAUGGAAACACUCGAGUCGAGUGGAUAGGAUAGGACAUCAGUUCCUUGAAUUUUGUUGGUUAUCGCGAAACGUAGUAAUGGCCUCAAUACCAUUAUGCACAACUCACCUCCCCUUCACUUCCGAACCUAAAAAAUCUCAACCUUUUUUGGCCAAAUUCAGUUCCCAGUUUCUGGGUAUCCAAAACACAGGUGGUUGGGUAAGACCCUGCAGAAUUGGACCCUCCAAUGGCUCGAGAGCAAAGUGCUGGUUCAAGUUUGGUAAAAAUGGUGUUGAUGCUGAAGGAGCUGGAAUUUAUGGCAGCCAAUCCCGUGAUGACUUUGAUAGAGAUGAUGUUGAGCAGUACUUUAACUACAUGGGGAUGCUCGCUGUGGAAGGUUCAUAUGAUAAGAUGGAGGCUCUCCUAAGUCAAAAUAUUCAUCCAGUAGACAUCUUAUUAAUGUUGGCUGCUUCAGAAGGUGACAAACCAAAAAUUGAAGAGUUAUUAAGAGCUGGAGCAAAUUAUACUGUGAAGGAUGCAGAUGGAAGGACCGCUCUUGAUAGAGCCAAUGAAGAAAUCAGGGAAUUCAUCCUCGAGUUUUCAGUUCAAAAGGCAUGAUUAUUGAUUAAGAUAAAUCUGCCAAUCCAUUUGCUUGCAUCUUCUCAGGCUAUCUGUUUUUCCUUUGUUUUUUUAAUGGGCGAAGACAUAUCAAGCUAUCUGUGAGUUUGACCAUUUAGUCUUUUCUUUUGCCAAGAAAUAUAAGACAACGUUUUGAUGGUAAAAUGAAAAUUGAAGGGAUGAUCCGAGUCAGAGUCAUUUUAAGUGUAUUGAUGUAUGCUCGGACUUCACAUAUUUAAUGUGCACUUCGGCUAUACAGAGGACAAUUCUUUAAUAGUUAA